AUAAUUUUAUUAGAACGUAUUUACUUUCAUAAUAGAUAAAAAUAAAACGCAACGACUAAUCUAAUCAUGAAGGCUGAACAAACUAAUACAUCGACAUGGUUUUUCUUACUAUUCUUAGUAGCGAUCAUAAUUGGAGGGUUGCUAUUUAUUCGUAACCAGACACAAUUUGAUGAAACUGUAAGAGAAGCAUCAUCAGAUAGUAAUCAUGAAUUAGAGAAUAUAAAGUUAGAAUUAUCGAAAAAACGAGAAGAAUUAUUAAAGGUAAAAGAUGAAUUAUCAACCAAAUCCAAACAGCUAAGUAAACAAAUAGCCGACAAGGAUAGAGAGAUAGGAAUCGAAAAAGAAAAAGUGCAAGAACUGACUAGACAAAUAGCUGACAAGGAUAAAAAGAUAAGAAUCGAAACAGCAAAAGUGCAAGUCCUGAAAAGAACAAUAAUAGAAAAGAAUGAAAAGAUAAGAACCGAAACAGCAAAAGUGCAAGACCUGAAUAGAACAAUAAUAGAAAAGGAUGAAAAGAUAAGAACCGAAAAAGCAAAAGUGCAAGACCUGACUAAUCAAAUAGCCGCCAAGGAUGAAAAGAUAAAAACCGAAACAAGAAAUGUGCAAGAACUGGAGAGAAAAAUCGCCGACAAGGAUCGAAAGAUAGAAACCGAAAAAGGAAAAGUGCAAGAACUGACUAAUCAAAUAGCCGCCAAGGAUGAAAAGAUAAAAACCGAAACAAGAAAUGUGCAAGAACUGGAGAGAAAAAUCGCCAAAAAGGAGCGAGAGAUAGAAACCGAAAAAGGAGAAGUGCAAGAACUGAAUAGAAAAAUAGCCGACAAGGAUCGAGAGAUAAAAACCGAAAAAGGAAAAGUGCAAGAACUGACUAAUCAAAUAGCCGCCAAGGAUGAAAAGAUAAGAACCGAAAAAGAAAAAGUGCAGAACCUGAAUGAAAAAAUAAUAGAAAAGAAUCGCGAAUUAUCAAUGAUGCAAAAAACAUCAUUAGACAGGCAAAGCGGAUCCAUGAUCCAAAAACUUGAUACUUCACUCAAAGGCCAGAAUUUAUCAAACAUCAAACGUAGAUUGAAACAGUUUUAUAUUGACGAAUAUAAUUUAUCUAACGAUGAUAUAGAAAUUGUAGAUAACUACAAUUAUGAUUCUACUGACGAUGAAGUUCAUUGGCGUUUACGAGAUAGCAACCUACACGAUCGAUGCAUUAAAUUUUCCGAAUUCGGCAUAAAAUUAUUACGUAAUGUUAAUAAUAUUCCCAAGGACUCUAACAAAUACUUGCGUGUUAUUAAGGACAUAGUAAAGCGUGUCAGAAAUAUGAUAAAUGAAAACAUUGAAACUUUGCGAGAAAAUGAAAAUGUAAUCGAGGCAUCGGCAACAUUACUUUCAAUGCAUAUUUUGAUAUACCCGGGCGAAGCCCAAUGGAUGAACACCCACGAAACAAUAACUACAUCAAUACCCGAAAUUCCAUCAAUAAAAUCACAUAACUACUCAAUCGAAUACGGACAUUUUGAUGAAAAUAAGUACAAAAAAUUGUUAAAACUAUCAACGCCGCGUUUGCUGACAAAUUACAUCAAUAAUCCUAAAGCUUAUCUUCAUGAUGUCAACAGUGGCGCAUUAUCCGCCUUUAAUUCCACAAUAAAUAACGAUUAUUGUGAUCCUGGGAUGAUGCUGGAUGGUAUACGACAAGAUGGUUCAGCUUUUACUUUUCACCCGACGAGAAAUGUACUCCAUAUUGAUUACAGCUAUUACCUCAAAGAUGCUGUUGCUCACAUAAAAUAUCCAGAUUUUUAUGCUUCUGUUUACUCGGAACUCAAAAUACCCGGUAAUUAUUAUGAUGUUGUUAAGAAAAUAGUCUCAAUAUUAAUGCACCCGAAUUUGGAUGUUGUACUGCAUGGUUUAAUCAGUUCGGAAGGCAAAAUAAAAUUAAAUUUCAAUUGGUUAGAUAUCAAGGGUGAAACGGGAUGUUAUAUAAUUCCUUCUAUUGGAUUUGGUAUUUUCAAAACAGAGAAUUUAAUGUUUCCCUUACGGAUACAAAUGCCUGGUAUUCCGACUUCUUGCUUAAAGACAUGUGGAGAAGGGCAGGAAACAAAAUGUAAUCCAUUCGCUACAAGUAUCAUGAACAUAAGAAAAAUUCACAUUCUUGAGCACAGUAGACAUCUCAAUGAUUACGAAAAUUGGGAUGACGUUAAAUUUGAGGCAGGUAUAAUAAAGAAGCAAGAAAAUGAAAUGUAUAUGCUUUACAGUGAGGAGUCCUAUACAUAUAGUGAUUGCAAUAAUGAGUAUUCGCCAAAAAACUAUAUCGGACAACUGACUCUGGACAAGCAGGUUAUGUUUUGGAAAAGGAUUUGUCACAUUCAUACCGCCGAAGAAAUCGAAUACAAGAUCACUGAAGUAGGAGUCUUUACAUCCCAUGGAAUGGAGGCUAUUUAUCAAAUUGAAAAUUUGGGUUGGCAUAAUUUGUUGUUUCGUUCGAUGGGUACAUCGAAAGGUAUGAAAACCGAACGCGACGUAACAGAUGGUUGUUUCGGCCAAGGUCAGGAUAUCGUAAUACCUCCACUAGACCCACGUCGAUCAAACCCACCUGCAUAUUUUAAAUGGUACCAGUAUGUCGAGUCCAUAGGCAAACUUUCGGUAAAUUUAGAAUACAAAGAGGAGAAACAGACUUUUACUUACAAUAAUCAUAAAUAUAUUGUUGAGAAUAUGCCUGAUGAUCCGCAAAGUUUCACAGUUAAAUGCGAUACUGACGAUAAUGUUAUACUUAUUGGUGAUAAUUCCAUUCGUGUUAAUGAUUCUGUAAUUUAUAAAAAUGUUACCUAUUACCGUGACAAAAGAACAAUGAUGUAUGUGAAACCUUAAUUGUAUUCGUAGUAUCUAAUUAUUUUCAAGUAGAAACUGAGAUAUUAGAAAUCAAACAACUUUUUUUUUUACUUA